AUGAGCGCAUCCGACGAAGUCCAUCCCGACGCGGGCUGGCAACCCAGUGGGCGCCCUCAAUCAACAAUCGCCCUCGACUUCUCCGCCGCCCUGGACGAUCUUUUCAAGCUCAAUGGCAUUGGCGCAUUGGAGGAAUCUGUGGUUCAGAAACAAGACACAGUCCUCUCUCAAAGAUACGAACUCGAGACGCUAGAGACAAAACUGCGCGAAGCAGAUGAAAAGCUGAAACGACUUGAAGCAAAGCACAGACGGCAGCAAAGCCAAAUGAUCACCAAACGGAAACCUGUGUCCGCCGCAGACAAUGAAACGGAGGAAGACAGCUCCGGCGACAGUGACGCCAACAACAGACAUGCUCUUCGCCAGUGA